ACAUUUGGCGUUUUAUUUUGAAAAUUCUAACCGGAAGUCUUCAUCAUCAUCAUGUCUGACUUGACGGUUCCUAAAGCAUGGUAGCUUUCCGUCCUGAUGAAAAUAUCAAAGUGUGCAGUGUCCUUGUAUCGUGUCAGACAGCGGCCAGUCCAGGAGCAUCAGCGGUGCACAGAGGACAGAGUGUCCAGCCUCGGAGCGUCACUGUCAUCGCACGUCUGCAGCCACAGUGUCCCCCCCCCUCCUCUGAGUGACUGACUGACUGAUCACCGGCAUGUGGAGCUGCUUUCUCCUUGGAUGACCUACACGCAACCUCUCUCAGGAGCAGCGGACGUCGGUUCAUAUCAGCUGAACACCUGCUGGUUUAGGAGGAGCAGCAGUGUGUGUAUUAAAAUACAGCGGGCAACAAGUCAAACUGUGUGUCCUGCAAGGCUUCAGGCCGACUCUGGAGCAGCUGAUCUGCGGAACAAAAUACGUCGUUGCGAAUCUGUUUUUUCCACCGUGGCUGCGCCAGGAGGACUGGAAGUUGCAGAGUUGGACAGCCAGUGAUUGCACCUGAGAAUUAAGAAGAGCAGACCAGAGACCGUGCAGAUUUUCUGGAGGUUAUCGGCGUUCACAUGAUGUACACAAUCACCAGAGGUCCCAGCAAACUUGUUACACAACGGAGGACAGGUCCCACACAGCAAGUCGAGAGCAAAUUCAGCGACUUGAAGCUCAAACCGACGUCUUGGCUGUCAUCAAACUCUCCUCCCCCAAAGAUCGUGUUUAAUCGUUUGAACGGAAAGCGCUACCACAGUGCAGGCACACAGAAGACCACGAGCCCAGCAGAGGGAUUCACUCCUGCACAUGAAGAGAACGUCAGAUUCGUGUAUGAAGCAUGGCAGGAGGUGGAGCAGAAGCUGGGGGACGCCAACGGUGCGGAAUCGACUAACAGCCAUGGGCCUAUUCAGUACGCUGAGAAGACGCCCAGUGCUGCAAUGAAGAACUUUGUGCCCAUAGACCUGGAGGAGUGGUGGGCUCAGCGCUUCCUUGCCAACAUUGCCAACCUGUCAUGACUGGGUGAGGCUUUGAGCCGGGACAGGAAGCACCGCAUUGAUGCUCCAUAGGUGAAGGCAUCACACAAUGGUGGAGAGGAGGCGAGUCGGUCUCCAGAAUCUGUGGUGCGAAAGGGUCGUUCGUAAUUUGGAAUCUGAUUUGAUGCCCUGUGCUUCACGCUGCUGUAGAGAAAACUGGGUGCACAACUCUAAACCCCCUGAUGCAACAACAGCGAACUGACGAUGUCGUGAUGAUGUCGCAGCACUGACUUGAUGUGGUGCUGCUACGAAGGACCCGUCUCUCUCUACUUGAACGACGUACCGGAUAGAAGUUGUGAAAGUUUUUUGUUCUUGCUCAAGAACCUGCCUCCUUUCUCAAGUGUGCUCAGCUGUAUGUACGCCAUGGCUGAUCUUUUAAUAUAAAUCUCUUGAAGAGCAAAAAAGUAAAAUGUUUUUCAAAAAUC